AUGGAGAGGGGCGGUGGCUUACGUUUCCUGGUUCUUCUCUGGUUCUCGGUUCCCGUGGUCUCUGUGCUCUCUCCCUUGGGGAUUAACUAUGAAGGUUUCUGCUCUACUCUCUCUCUCUCUCUCGCUAUCUCUCUCUCGAUUCCUCAUUUUGGGCCUCCUUUUGCUUGUUCCAGUGCAAGCUCUCAUUGGCAUCAGAGAAUCUCUGGAGGACCCGCACGGGGUGUUGGAGAACUGGGACAAGAACUCUGUGGAUCCAUGCAGCUGGACCAUGGUCACCUGCUCGCCGGAGAAUCUCGUCAUCGGGCUGUAUGGGCAGAUGCCAUUUCUGAAAUCGGGUACUGGUUCUUCCUUGGUUUUGCCUUCUAAAUUUGGUCUUCUGUCGCUAUUGCAGAGGAACUCCGAGCCAGAACCUCUCCGGCAGCCUCUCUCCCAGCAUCGGAAACCUGACGAAUCUGCAGACAGUGUAUAUUCGAUGAGAACUUCUUCUUCUUCUUCGUCCUGUUCUUCUUCUUCAUUCUACUCUCACCUUCUUCUUUCUUCUGCAGGCUUCUGCAGAACAACAACAUCUCGGGCCCAAUCCCACCGGAUAUUGGGAAGCUGCCACACCUCCGGACUCUGGACCUCUCCAACAACCUCUUGACGGGGCGAAUCCCCUCGUCUCUGGGUCAACUAAGGAACCUCGAGUACCUGUAAGCCCAUAUUUGGAGAAACUCUCUUCUGGGUCCUUCAUCUCUCUUUUUCCCUAUUAACAUAUUGGUGUUCUUCCCCCCUGCUUCCCCGGUUGCAGGAGGCUCAACAACAACAGCCUAUCCGGAGAGUUUCCUCAGUCUCUGGCGAGCAUCACUCAUCUCUCGUUUCUGUAAAGUCUCUGAAUCUUUCUGUCGGGUUUUACUGUUGGUCAUAGAUUUGCUCAUGUAGAAAGAAAUCCCUUCAUUUAUUGUGAAAUUAUAAUGUUAUCAUUUCCUCCCAUGGUUCCAGGGACUUAUCUUACAAUAAUCUGAGCGGACCGGUGCCCAGUUUUCCUGCCAGGACAUUCAGGUGAGAUCGAAGAGUCUUCUUGUUCCUCUUUCUCUCUCCAUAUCCUUGGAUCCUCGUAGAACGAUCUAAGAACACCCACGGAGCCAGGAGAAGGAUUAAGUUCCUCUGUUAGGGACCCCCGUUAGUCGUUAGAUCAGAAUAUUUGGGCGCAGAACGGAUCAACUCAUCAAAGUUUACGCCUACAUUCGGAAAUUAAAUGGAGUGAAGGUGAUGAUCAAACUCCUAGGAUGCCUCCUGAGUAUGCGUCAAUGAUCCUGCUGGACUGUCACAAGUCUAUCUCUACUGCCCAGAUGCCCAAAUCAAUGGCUAGGCCUCUUCAUUAGUUGUGGAAGACGAUGGAUGCUGAGGGCUGUCUUGAUUUGGAAAUAUAUAUGGAUGGUGUCAUGGAAUAGGAAGAACUUCUGACCCGGGAUCUAUCUUUGCUGCAGCAUUGUUGGGAAUCCUCUGAUUUGUGCAACUGGGUCGGAGAGCGACUGCUUCGGCUCUGUUCCUGCUUCCUUCAACUUCACUUCCCAGAGUAAGUUUCCUUCUCCGUUAUUAUUUCUAUUUAUGCUCUCUACCUUGCUUCCACGUCAGAAGUGACGUCAUCCGUUUUUUUCUCGCGUAAUAUUCCAUCUAUAAUCAGCUGAAUCACGAAAGAAAUAUCCUUGGAAUGAUCUUAUCUAUUUGGUUAUAGUUCUAUCACCUAGCGAAGAUUAUUCGAUAAUGGGUUCGCAACAUCCAUGAUCUUCAAGUUCGAUCCUGCAUAUUCUAUCAUUACCGUCUUUGCAGUAAUAUACUCUUCAGCAUGGUAAAUAAUUUAAUUAAUGUACCCAAAAUCUCAUUUUUUUUUCCUAACUUGAUUAUGUCUUUUACCAGCCACUGAAAAUUAUUGGAAAAAAUGGCUGUCGACUUCGAAUCUUGCCUCUGACUCGAUUCUUCUUUCUAUCUUCCGUUUUAUCCGUGUUUGUGCUGAUCAUAUCUCCAAUCUUCCAUUCAUAAUCUCUCAGACGUUUCAAGCCCGGCGAAGCCCAAGAAUCGGAGAUUUGCUGUUGCUUUUGGUGCGAGCCUUGGCGGAGCGGCUCUUGUGAUCGUAGGCCUCGGGCUGUUCCUCUGGCGGAGACAGAGAAACAAUCAACCGAUUUUCUUCGAUGUCAAUGGUGAGUAUAAGAAAAAUUAAUUAAUUGCGCAAAAUAUGAAUAAUGGCAUACGUACUUGUAAUUUAUCUGAUUUUUUUUUUGAGUCAACAAUUAAGCUGAAGAAGCAUGAGGAAGAUCGAAGGAUGCUUACCCAUGUUUACCGACUGAUUACUGAAAUGAAUUGUUUCAACAUUGUGAAAUUCUGCAUUAUCAAUAAAAACAUGACUGUGAAGUCAAUUUCUUCAGAAUAAUUUUUUAUUACUUUUCUCCCAGGCCACCAGAAAGAAUUACAAGCAACUUCGAUAAAAGCAUGUAUAGAAAUUAUUUGCAGUCGUUCAAACCCGUAAUUUCUCUGCAUUAUUUUUCAGAUCACCAAAAUCAAGGAAACUGAAAUCGAUUGUUCCGAAAUUUAUAUUCACUUACCUGGAUCUUUAUUAUUCCGAAAUCGAUUGUUCCAGGCUCUCUACUCUUAAUAUUCAGAUUCUACUCACCUUUUCCAAACCUCUUGAUUUUUAUGAUUCUCUGGUUACAGAUCAACAAUCGGAAGAAGCGUGCCUGGGGAACCUGAAGAGAUUCCAGUUCAGGGAGCUUCAGAUAGCCACAGACAACUUCAGCGGGAAGAACAUUCUUGGGAAGGGGGGUUUUGGGAUCGUCUACAAGGGGGUGCUUCAGGAUGGGACGGUGGUCGCCGUGAAGAGGCUCAAGGACGGGGACGCCGCCGGCGGGGAGGUGCAGUUCCAGACGGAGGUGGAGAUGAUAAGCCUGGCCGUGCACCGGAACCUCCUCAGGCUCUGUGGAUUCUGCAUGACGGCCGGCGAGAGGCUCCUGGUCUACCCAUACAUGUCCAACGGAAGCGUCGCCUCUCGGCUGAAAGGUGCGUGUGCCCCAUUUUCCCCCAACCCGGAAUCAUUUCUUCUUUUUUUCCUGGAAAAAAGUGACGAAAUCAAGUCGAAGAUUCGAUAUUUUCUGGUGGGUUCAUCUUACCCACGUGGAGUUUUUGCUCAAACAGGUUUUUGACCCGAUUUUUCCAUGGAAAAAUUAGAACUUUCAGUCAUCUGUCAUCUCUAUCUAUUUCUGCAGGGAAACCGGCGUUGAGUUGGGUCACAAGGAAAAGGAUAGCCCUCGGAGCAGCAAGAGGGUUGCUGUAUCUUCACGAGCAGUGCGACCCCAAGAUAAUCCACAGAGACGUGAAAGCGGCGAACAUUCUCCUUGACGACGGCUGCGAGGCGGUGGUGGGGGACUUUGGGCUGGCGAAGCUUCUGGACCACCGGGACUCUCACGUGACGACGGCGGUGAGGGGAACCGUGGGCCACAUCGCGCCGGAGUAUCUCUCCACGGGGCAGUCGUCGGAGAAGACGGACGUCUUCGGGUUCGGCAUCCUCCUACUGGAGCUCAUCACCGGCCUCACCGCGGUGGAGUUCUUCAAGGCUGCCAAUCAGAAGGGAGCGAUUCUUGACUGGGUGAGCACAUCCCUCUCUCUCCUUGAUUUUCCCCAGAUUCUCGUCGUAUAAGCAUGACAGAGAGAUGGGUUUUGGCUUUAGUUUAAGCUCCGUCGAGAAAGCUUGGUCUUUUUGGUUUUCCUUGGAUUCUCCUCGUAAAAGCAUGGGAGAGAAAGAGAGAGAGGUUUUUGGGUUAGCCUGAGCGCCGGCGAGAAGAAGCUGGUGUUUUUUGGUUUUUCCAGAGAGAGAAGAUGAGGUCUUGGGUUUUGUCUGAGCACCGGCGAGAAGAGGCUGGGUGUUUUUCGUUUCCUCAGAGAGGGAAGAUGGAUUUUUGGGUUUCUUCUGAGCUCCGGCGAUAAGAAGUCUGGGUCUUUUUGGAUACCCCAAUAAGAGAGCGAGAUGGAGGUCAGAAUGAUGGGUCUGUGCUGCAGGUGAAGAAGAACCACCAGGAGAAGAAGGUGGAGAUGCUGGUGGACAAGGAGAUGAGCGGCUGCGACCCGGUGGAGCUGGAGGAGAUGGUGCAGGUGGCGCUCCUCUGCACCCAGUACAGCCCCGCCCACCGGCCGAGGAUGGCGGAGGUGGUGAGGAUGCUCGAGGGCGAUGGCCUGGCCGAGCGCUGGGAGGCCUCGCAGAGGACUGACGCUUCCAAGUGCAAAGCACACGAGUUCUCUUCUUCUGAGAGGUACUCCGAUCUUACCGAUGACUCUCUGCAGCUCGUUCAGGCGAUAGAGCUCUCGGGGCCACGGUGA